AGCAAUGGCCGGCCACUAUCAACAGCUCAGCAAGUCUGUAGUGAUCCGCAGCCUCAGGCAAUUCAGAGAUAGAUAUUUCCCAAAUAGUUGGAAAGACGACUUGACGCCUGUCGUAGACACGGGGGAAGAACCUGAGCCGGGAUUUUUGGAUACUUUACCGGUGGACAUACAGUUCCUGAUCAUGACCUUACUGUGUCCUGGUGAUAUCUGCCGCCUGGGAGCCACCAGUCGGUACUGGAGGGCCAUGGUUAGAGAUCCAUUACUAUGGAGAUACUUCCUGCUCAGGGACAUGCCAUUCUGGCCCUCCAUCGAUCACGUGACCAUGCCCCAGCUGGAGUUGUUGGAUGCACCACUGAUCAAUGAACAGGAGAGCCUGGAGGAUAGAGAAGAGGGGGGAGACAAAGUGAUGGGAUCCAAAUUUGACUACAUGUCAGAAUACCUGAAAGGUUGCCCAUCCUGCAGACAACAAUGGCUUCCUUCACGGGCAGCAUAUGAUGUUGUGACCUCAUUUCUUCAGUCUCUGGUGGCCUCAUCUGAACCACGUUACGCCAUGUUUGGCCCUGGCAUGGAGCAGCUGGAUGUCUCCAUAGUCAGAAGGCUCAUGCAUGCACCAGAUGUGCUUCCUGUGUCUGGCACUCCACACAGACAAAUAAAUGGUAUCGGCUCAGGGAUCAGUUAUAUGUUCAACAACCAACACAAAUUUAAUAUCCUGACUCUGUACUCCACCAAUAGGGCAGAGAGAGAAAGAGCCAGAGUGCAACAGCAGAGCAUCAGUAAUAAACUUUUUACCUGUGAAGGAACAGAUGACUCAGGCUCCCCGGUCUACAGCCCUACUCCUCAGGUCCAGCAAGUGUGCCAGGUGGUGGAUGGCUUCAUCUAUGUUGCCAAUGCAGAGCCCGGGAGAGUAGGUGUGGGGGAGUCAGAGGUGGCUCAGAUUCGGGCUGUGCUGAAUUCUGCCGGGGGUUCAGCAUCCCGGCCUCUGCUGGUGCUUUCCUGUGUCUCCAGAGAGGAACCAGAAGCAGUCAGAACAACCAGCCUGCAUGCUGUUACCAGCAGAAACACGGCCAGGUGUCGCACUCCCUGUGUUGACAUGGCAAAGACACUUGGCCUACCCCAGCUGGCUAACCCCUGGAUGGUGCAGGAUACAGUAGCAGAAUCCCUAUCAGGUCUUCUUGAUGGCAUUGCCUGGCUGCUGAGAUGUUCUGGAGUCAAACUCUAAGGUAGCUAAUGACCUAACCUCUGAUGCUGCCGGAUGAAUUGAAACCACAGACCUCAUUGCUGCAUGAUCCUGACACUGAGACAUAUUAUGGCAUUUCCUGAGAAAUGUCCUGUUUUCCACUUGUGCACUGAAUACUUCAGGAGAGGAUCAUUGCAUGUGGAAUUUAAUGAAUUGGAUAAGGAGCAGGGAGAACCGACAGAGACCCUGUUCUAAUCUACAGAAAGAGCCAUAUAAAGGAGUUAUGGCACAACAAAAUGUAUAAUGUGUCAUAUCAUGACACAGGUUUACACCUGGUGAGCUGCUCACUAAUCAGGCGGUCCACUGUUUGAUUUAAAAUUGGAUGGAGAUCUUUUAACAUGUUUUAUUUUAUGAAAUGCUCAUAAUGUCAGUAUUUUAAAAAAUGACUCUAACAACUAAGCUGUGUUGAAAGGAGUCUGUUUUUGUGAAAUGUAUUAUGUUUUUGCAGAGAGCUCUGCUUGUGUCUUGCCUCCCGAUCCCAAAUUUUUACAGUUAAGCGUGUGUGCCGACAACCAUCCCGCAAAAAGUCAACUUAUUUAACUUUUUACAAAGAUAUAAUUUUUAGAGCUAAACUAUAAUACAAGCAUUUACUUUUACUGAAUGUAUUUUAAAUAUUGUAUGUUUAUGCAAUUAAGAAACGUUUCCUUUUGAUAAAUUCUGAAUAUUUUUAAAUGUUUACAUCUUUCAUUUGUUGCACAAUUACAAAUGGUUUCAGAA